CAUCAUCUUUGCGACCUUUUUCUCUUUGGUUUAUUUUUUCUCUCUUUUUUUUUGUUAGGGCAUCUCAUCACUUUGUCCAUCCUUCUCUUUAUUUGCCACCACCAUCUCCUUAGUAGUUUCUUUUACAUUGCACCUGCAGCAUCUCAUUCAACACAACACACAGAACCAUUCACUACAGAGUUACUUUAUUUUAUUUAGCGCAUCAGUAAACUUGAUCAAACUACAACUCUAAUGUCGACUACAAAUGAACUGGAGAAACAGCAGGGAGCCUCUCAACCUUCCACAACAUCUUGCUCUGCUGCUCAUGACCCUAUUCCACCGUCUACCAUCGCCAUAGUUACAUCCUCUGCAUCAUCUAACGCUGCUGUUGUCAAGGCUGCCAUGCAGGCCAGACGAAAGUCACGCGGCCUAGGCGAUGGGUUGCGACCGGACUUUGUCUUUCCAAAACCUCAACAAGCGCAGGCUCAGACGCCCUCGUCUUCCUCAGCGCCAUUUUCCCAAGUCAACAGCAAUGGACUUCAAAAGAGAUUGGAUAAUUUAUCGCUUAAGGAAGAGCAGUCUACAUCUCCCGCGACAAGUAUCACUUUGAGUGCUCCAAGUGACAUUAACAGUGAAGCUUACGCGAAACCUCUCUCUGAAGGAGAUAGCAAGUCGAUGUUGAACCAGCAACAUCUCAAGACUCAUUACCGCACACAUAGUCGUAAUGGAUCUACCGUCACGGUGCAGGACAUAAAACAAGCCAUUGCAGCCGCAUCGACCGAUCUACCACCACUUGCUGUCCUCUCCAACGCAACUAAUCCAUCAACGACUUUGGGAGAGUGCUCUACCAUCACUUCAGUACCAUCCCCAAACAACCCUGUUAGGUCGGAAACUUCGUCUGUGCCAGUUUCAGUCGAAGAGACGACACCCCCUCCGUUGCCACCAUCUUCUGCUAAACAGGAUCUGGUUUCCCAAUCAGAUGAAUUCUCUCGGCCGGACAUAACUAAACAAUAUUCAUCAUUGGACGUUGUCAGCGAGCCCUCAACUCCUUUCCGCGACUCGUGUUCGACUCCUCUCUUCUCUCCCAUUUCAUCACGAUCUAACUCUGUACAUUCGAAUAGAACCACACGCGAUCGAUCAAACAUUUCUGCGCCACCAUUCUUUGCCUACUCCAUUCCUCAUGAAUUCCCUUCACCUUAUUACUCGCCACGACUGUUCCUCCCAAGUGCGACUGGCCCAACCUCUUUACCUACAUCGCCCUUUGCACGUAAGCGUAAGCAUGCUUAUCAUCAUACAACCGUUUAUUAUCCUACCUCCACUAUUUGUGUCAAGCUCCCAGGACAGGAGAAAGGGCUCUUUUGUGCACACCAUCUCCCAGUUGGAGAAGAGUCCGAAUUUGAGCACAGCGAGUAUGCACAGGAUGCAUUCGAGCAGCAAGCACAGGCUUACAAGCCCAACGCCUCGAAUAGUGUAGACGUAGAUAAAUGCAUAUCUCAGGCUUCUUUGGUCCUGCCUACAGCUUCACAACCCUACAGGCCGCCUGCUAGCCGUCUUAGAGGUGCUAGCGAAAAUAAGAGUGACACCAACUCAACUGUAGCUAAUGAUCAACACAAAUACAUUGUCUCAGAGAGCUCUCGUCUUUUGCAACGCGCUUCACCUAUAUCUGAUAUCAAAGAUGACACUUUUGCCACAACAGACUUGUCCGAUUCUAACUCUCAACCCUCUGUACGCAACAAGAAAGUUCUCCCACCACCAUUGAAUCUUCCAGGAAAUAACAAUGUGCAGGACAUCAACAAGCUAGCUGCAGAAUCUAUCACUCCAACAACACCUAGUCGUCGCCGCCAUUCUAAAAGUCACAAGGAUCAAAAGGACAAGAUCGUAGAUGGCCCUCAACUGCCAGAUGCAGACAAGUACCAGACUGAGUCUCUUAUGUCGGGUGACCAUCAACAUGUGGAAGACAACAAUGAAAGCCAGGGUGGAUCUGCAGAGCAGUCCAAGAAGUCGAAAGCUCGAUCACGAUCCAGAUCGAGAUCAAGAUCUCGUAACCACACUCAUGCUGGAAAUAGCUCAGGCCAAACCCUAUCUAACCAAUCAGUCCCCCCCGUGCCGCAGACACCAUCCUGGGUACCUGCGCACAAAAUGACUCUUGGUACGGGACCAUCUUCUGCAACUAUCACUACUACUUCGACAUCGCUAUCGGCCCCAGUCCCUUUGACAGCACCCGUCAGCCCCUCUGCACUUUCACACUCAAUCUCACCGGAGUUACCUACGAGCCCCUCCCCUGCCUCUACGUCAGGUCGUGGAUCUGGCUCAAAUUUUGCUGAAUCUGAUCUGAAACGUCGUGGCCCACGUCCGGCUCGUCUUUUGAGUACACGUUCAACAAGUAACUUGCAGACGUUGAGUGAGAGUGGUCAGGCUACUUUUUCGCCCCGAAGUGCACGCGAUGGACCCUCCGAUUACUUUUCUAUGCGCCCACUUCAGCAUCCACCGCGCACGCCUAUGACUCCAGGAGGUGACUAUGGUGAUGACGACGACGAUUACUAUGGACGACUCCAGAUGGUAACAACACCUAUAAUUCAAAAUGGGUACUUCCCGAACUGGGCAAAAGGAGAUGCACAGCUUGAGGAAUUGCAACGUAUUCGCCUGUUCCUAGCCCAGAGACAGUAUCCUGACGAAAUGCCUCUUUCCGAUGAAUGGACACUAUUCUUUUCGGACACAUCCGGAGCCAAAGAUAAAACCGGUGUCCAGGACGCAUACUCAAGUGCCAUUACCCCGCUCUUCUCUUGUCACACAGUCCCUCAAUUCGCUACAUCCUGGAAAUAUGUUCGUGAGCGAGUCCGACCCGCAACAAUGAAAAUGAACCAGAAUUUACACUGGUUCAAGAAAGGGAUUAAGCCCAUGUGGGAGGAUCCUAAGAACAAGUAUGGUGGACGCUUAACACUUUGCCCGCCAAAAGCGCUUUUAGACAUUGUCUGGGAAACAGUAUUGAUUUUGAUGGCUGGAGAUGUUUUGGAUCUUAAUGGCGAAGGAACUGGUGCUGUUAUCGCGCGUAGGCCCCGUGGUGAUCGAGUGGAGGUGUGGGUGGGCGCCGAAGACACACCCGAGGCGUUAGCGCACAUCCGAGGCGUACUUAUCCAAGAGCUUGCCCCUAGUGGAGCGGAUGAGGUUGUAAGGGUAGCCAAGUACAAAAAACAUUUUGACAGCCGUAAAGAGGAAAAGAUGAAGCAGCUUAGAGAGACGGCAGCUGCCACUACAAUUAAUACAGGAUCGACUGCUGGAACAUCGAUAUCAUCGCAGAAUACGCCUACAAGUACGAACGGAAUACACAGCCUGUCGAGUCCUCUACCACCAAUGACGCCGAAAGCGGGUACAAGCGGUAGUCUUGGAAGCAGUACACCGUCAGUAACCGAGUUCCAAACAUUUGAGGCAUUUACACAGCAUCAACAGCAGCAGAGAGAACGGAAACGCGAGCGUGAGCGAGAGACUUUGAAGGAACAUGAGCGAAUCAUGCAAUUGGGUAAAGAGCGUCUUGAAAAGGAAAGGGCAGAGAAGGAGCGUUUGCGAGAUGAAAAGGUUCGAGCAAUGGCGGCAGCAGCGAUGGCGGCGUCUGAAGCCAAGCAUCAGCAGCAACUCAAAGAGCAACGUGGGAGGGCAGAAGCCCCAAAGGUCACAUUAAAUUAGACUACCUUCUUGUAAC